AUGCCUGUCCCCACUCACACUCCUGCUCACUCUGCGUCCAACGCGUUCGUCGUCUGCCACGAGACUGUUCACGAGUUUCUCUCAGUCACCCUUUCCACUCUUCUCCACCAUGAGCUGAGCUCGAACAUUAUCCUGGCUCACGCACUCAAACUUGCAUUGAAUGACAAGCCAACGUCCGAAUGGCAGUACGUUGACGAGGAGGGUGCUGGUGAAUGGGCUCUGUCCAUGGCCUCUUCUCAGGGGCCAUCUUACCCCCAAGGCGACCGCAAAGCUGCACCAUUCUGGAUCACCCUCUGGUCAUCAUCAUCACCCUUUGUCCAGCCUACUUUGGACAUCGUCCUCGCCUCGGUCAGCAACACGCUCGGCGAUUACCCAAUAUUCCUGUGGACACCCAAACAUCCGACCACUCUCUCAAGCUCGUGGCUCAUGCCCAGAAUGUCCCUUAUCAUCGACUCGCUCCUAUCCCGCACUUCUCCCACACGCGUUUUCUCCGUCUUCGGCAUGACGGCUCUCGUCAAGAACUUCUCAAGCCAUUGGACGGAGGUGACGGGCAUUCCGCAAGAAUCCGAGCCAUUCUACGCCGCCUCCUACACCUACUGUACCCAGGAGAGCUUCAAGGAUUGCGACAGGCAACGGGAACAUGAGCACUCCAUUCGACGGGCUACAAUAGCUGACCUCGAGGGUGUUGCGGUCUUGUGCAAAGAGUUCGCCGAUGACUCGGUUUACUUCCCUCUGACCUUGGAUCGGGCAAGAAUCGAAGCAGAAGAGCUCAUCACGAAGGGUCUUAUCUGGAUCCACGCGAGUCCAUCGGGCGAACCAACCACCAUCUGCGCCGUGACUCGUUCGUCCCAGAAUGUAUCUGCAAUCACAAAGGUGUAUACCACGCCAAGGUUCAGGAGGAAGGGUUGUGCGGAGGCCAUUGUGCGGCACGUAACCAGACGAUUGUUGAUGGACUACGGGAAACAACUCGUCUCCUUAUACGUCGGUCACGCCAACUCAGCCCAAAGGGUUUAUGAUCGAUGCGGGUUCGUAGGCCUGUGUGGCAACCUGAAAAUCAACGGCGUAGAAGAUUCUUUAGAGCUCGGAUUCGCCACUGGCUCGCCCAGGGGGCAUUGGUAAAGUUUUGACUUUGGGACCUUCGUAACAUAUUAUCUUCACAUAUUCAUUUACCCAGACAUCCUAGUCUAGCGCUAGUCGCAAUUGUCUUGCUACUUACUGUUCAUAUAAUUUGCACUGAGCUGUCUCUUGUCAUCCCCUUCCGGGCUAUUUAUCCUCACUUUUUUUGGACCUUGCACUCACACACUGUAUCCAUAGCUUUCCCCACCACUACCCAACGUGUUUCCCCGACUGUAACGGACUCGAGUUUAGCUCCAGCACUUACGGAAUCAUUUACCCUACCCUACUUUACACUUAUUUGCACUAUUUAAAAGCAACUCUCCG